AUGUCGUCAGCAAUACAAAACCGAACGUUCGAAUUUCAGCAAUGUGUUGCAUCUUUUGACAAGAUCAACAAGAGACUGAACGUUCCUCAACGGCAAAACACGGGGCCUGUCAAGAGAUCCAAGUUCAGCCAGCAGGCGAGCAUCAUUGCCAAAGACAUUGCACAUACCACAGAAUUAUUGCUGAAACUAGCGCUUUUGGCGAAAAGAAAGCCCUUGUUUGACGACCGGCCUGUGGAAAUAGGCGAGUUGACCUAUGUUAUCAAGCAAGACAUUUUCAAGAUUGAACUGAGUAUCCAAAACUUGCUGAAGUAUGCCAAGGGCGAAUCUUCCAUACAAGUAGACUCGCAGAUCAACCAAUACCUGAAGAAUGUGUUGAACUUGUUGAAUUCGAAGAUGAAGAACGUGAGCGGAGAGUUCAAGAACGUAUUGGAGGUGAGACAGAAAAACGAGCUCUUGAACAAAAACAGAAAGGAAAACUUCCUUUCUGCGGCUAGCAACCGCCAGAACGCCCAAUCCCCGCUCCUGGACAGCGGAAGCCAGAACGGGCUUUCCAAUUUGGGCGAGAACCCCUACUUGCUUGGUGCUUCCAUGGACACGCAAGAGCCUUCAACCUACAACAACGAAGAGCUUCUUUCCAUCCCAGACCAAACAAGACAGCUACUUCUCAUGGAGGAACAAGGCAGCGAGUACUUGCAACAAAGAAACUCGGCAGUGGAGACAAUCGAAGCCACAAUCAACGAAGUUGGCAACUUGUUCCAACAGCUAGCUACUAUGGUAACGGAACAAGGCGAAACCAUCCAGCGCAUUGACCAGAACGUCGAAGACAUAGAUAUGAACAUCUCCGGAGCGCAAAGAGAAUUGCUCAAAUACUAUACCCGCAUCUCCAACAACAGAUGGUUUUUCUUGAAGAUUUUCGGUGUGUUGCUUGCAUUUUUUUUCCUCUGGGUGCUUGUCAGUUGA